GCACUUCAGUAGUUGCCUAUCUUCCCGGGGGCGGUGCCGCUUGUGGACCUCAUGGACCCCGGUGAGGCCGCCAUUUUGGAGUCUUCCCUAAGGAGCUUCUACCGGCUUUUCGCGCUGCUGCCGCCGCUACCCGCGGCCUUGCCGGGCAGGAUGAAUGUGAUAGACCACGUGCGAGACAUGGCGGCCGCGGGGCUGCACUCUAACGUGCGGCUCCUCAGCAGCCUGUUACUUACAAUGAGUAAUAACAACCCUGAGUUAUUCUCUCCAUCUCAGAAGUAUCAGCUUUUGGUGUAUCAUGCAGAUUCUCUCUUUCAUGAUAAAGAAUAUCGGAAUGCUGUGAGUAAGUAUACCAUGGCGUUACAGCAGAAGAAAGCCCUAAGUAAAACUUCAAAAGUGAGACCUUCAACGGGUAAUUCUGCAUCUACUCCACAAAGUCAGUGUCUUCCAUCUGAAAUUGAAGUGAAAUACAAAAUGGCUGAAUGUUAUACAAUGCUAAAACAAGAUAAAGAUGCCAUUGCUAUACUUGAUGGGAUCCCUUCAAGACAAAGGACUCCCAAAAUAAACAUGAUGCUGGCGAACCUGUACAAGAAGGCUGGUCAGGAACGCCCUUCAGUCACCAGCUAUAAGGAAGUGCUGAGGCAGUGCCCGUUAGCCCUCGAUGCCAUACUAGGUUUGCUUUCCCUUUCUGUAAAAGGUGCAGAGGUGGCAUCGAUGACAAUGAACGUGAUCCAGACUGUGCCUAACUUGGAUUGGCUUUCUGUGUGGAUCAAAGCAUAUGCUUUUGUGCAUACUGGUGACAACUCGAGAGCAAUCAAUACCAUCUGUUCACUAGAGAAAAAGUCCUUAUUGCGAGAUAACGUGGACCUGCUGGGAAGCUUAGCAGAUCUGUACUUCAGAGCUGGAGACAAUAAAAACUCUGUCCUCAAGUUUGAACAGGCACAGAUGUUGGAUCCUUAUUUGAUAAAAGGAAUGGAUGUAUAUGGCUACCUCCUGGCAAGAGAAGGGCGGCUAGAGGAUGUGGAGAACCUUGGCUGCCGCCUUUUCAAUAUUUCUGAUCAGCAUGCAGAACCCUGGGUGGUCUCUGGGUGUCAUAGCUUUUAUAGCAAACGCUAUUCUCGGGCCCUCUAUUUAGGAGCCAAGGCCAUUCAGCUGAAUAGUAAUAGUGUUCAAGCUUUGUUACUUAAGGGAGCAGCACUUAGAAACAUGGGCAGAGUCCAAGAAGCAAUAAUCCACUUUCGGGAGGCUAUACGGCUUGCACCUUGUCGCUUAGAUUGUUAUGAAGGUCUCAUUGAAUGUUACUUGGCUUCCAACAGUAUUCGUGAAGCAAUGGUAAUGGCUAACAACGUUUACAAAACUCUAGGAGCAAAUGCACAGACCCUUACCCUUUUAGCCACUGUUUGUCUUGAAGACCCAGUGACACAGGAGAAAGCCAAAACUUUAUUAGAUAAAGCCCUGACCCAAAGGCCGGAUUACAUUAAGGCUGUGGUGAAAAAAGCAGAACUACUUAGCAGAGAACAGAAAUAUGAAGAUGGAAUUGCUUUGCUGAGGAACGCACUAGCUAAUCAGAGUGACUGUGUCCUGCAUCGGAUCCUAGGAGAUUUCCUUGUAGCUGUCAAUGAGUAUCAGGAGGCAAUGGACCAAUAUAGUAUAGCACUAAGUUUGGACCCCAAUGACCAGAAGUCUCUAGAGGGGAUGCAGAAGAUGGAGAAGGAGGAGAGUCCCACGGAUGCCACUCAGGAGGAGGAUGUGGACGACAUGGAAGGGAGUGGGGAAGAAGGGGACCUGGAGGGCAGCGACAGUGAGGCGGCCCAGUGGGCUGACCAGGAGCAGUGGUUCGGCAUGCAGUGAGGCAGGCGGCAGCUCUGUGGCCACACUGGCCUGCCCUGCUCUGAGCACUUCUGUGGACUGAAGGAGCCCGGAGGAGCCCGCUCUCUGGGAGGACAAUGAUUCCGCAUGUAAUUGCAGCAGGGGUCUCUACCCCUUGCUCCAUAUUUCUAGUAGUGAAUUCAUUUUUAAAAACUGAGCCUGACCGACCUUCCAUAUACCUCUAUCCUCCCCUGCUCCAGUCAGGGAGGAUCGAGUGAGCUCUCUGGGAGGCCUGCAGAUGUGCCAGGGCUUCUGGGACAGAGUGCUUUUUAUAUAACUAAUUUCUAAAUCUGAAAGUUUGAGGAAUAGACAGUUUUGUCUGUGACAUUGUGGGUGAGUUUAAAGGAGUGACCUAUCACCCAGAGCAAGAGUGUCCUCUCCCAUGUCAGACAGCAGCAUGGGCUGGCCCUUUCAGAGAGGGUUUCCUGUUCCGGAAAUCAUCAUCCUGAGCUGUCCAAACUUCCCUAGUAACCUUGCUUCCUUCUGCAAUGUUAGUAAUGCCUUAAGCUGACAGUUGCUAUUUUGCAGAACAAUUUUCCUAUUUGCUAAUCUGGUAACUUGCCUAUGAGCCUGGGCCGGAUCUGAGAAGUGGGUGUGACCUAGAGCAUGAACAAAGGCACACCUGGGGUAAUUAACUAAUAAAACUGUUUUUUGUACAGUAAUGGUGUUGGGUUGAUCACAAUGGAAGCCCUUUAUAGAUUCUUAUUUUGCGGGGGGGGUCUCUGAGUCACAAUGCGUUGAUUCAGCCCCAGAAUUAUUUGCCAUAAAUACACUCCCUUUCUUCCCAGAGUGUUGGGAGCCAGGAAGAUUGGGAACUUUGGGUAACACUGCGGUGGUUCAUCUGUUAGCAUUUUUGAUUGGUUAAAUUCCCCUGGGGGAGAGAGUCUUUGGCCUGAUUGUAGCUGGUUCUGCCCAGUUCUGUCGAGGGCACUAAACAAGUCGGUGUCUGGUUACAGCAUUCUGUCACGGGAUCAGCAGGGGGUGCAUUCCCUGGGCUUGGUGCUGGGAGAUUUUACCCUACCCUCUUGUUUCUUAAGAUGCCAUGCUUUUCACUGUAUCCUUAACUUGGAGGUGAAGAUGAGAAUGGCACAGUUAACCCCAAAUACUCACUAAAACAAAAUUAGUCAAAGGUGAUACAAAAUGUGAUUUUGAUAUAAAUGGAAAGUUCUGUCCAAAGUGUAAAAACAGUGGAAGUGUGCAGUAGUUUAGGAGCUCAGAACAUGGUAACUACAACUACAAGUGGGCAAAAAAUGUUAUUGUUCGAGUAUCUUUCAGUAUGAGACACAAAGUCUGGGCAGCCACUAUUUGAUCAAACAGUGUUUAAAGAGUCCAGCUAGCAGUUGGGGUCGUUCCCGGUGAGCAUGCUGCCGGGGAGAAGACACUGCUCAUUGGCCUCGGUGCUUGCUCUGGAUGUAGCUUCAUGGCCUUCGGCUUCCUCUUAGCAGCUGUUACAAGUCAGUGCGUUGGGAAGGAAGGUGAAACCUCUUUGCCAUUUCCCUGGCUUGGGGAAGAAGCCCAGCCACACCCAGCCUACAUGUUGCCGCAUGCCAGGCUUGUCGCUGUUAACCCUGAGAUUCCCAUGGGGUCAGGAUGUGCCUUGGAGCCCACGCCCUGUGUAUUACCUUCUGUCAGCAUGUUCCUCCCCUUUCCUGGGCUGGCCCUCAGCCCUGCUGCUGGGAUCUGGAUCAUCCCAGACCCCUCCAUCCUGGCAACACCCUGGGCUGGAUCCCUCCUACCCCUCCGACCUGCAGCUCCAGCAUUUCUAUCCUGACCAUGUUAGGGUCAAAACUGGGUUGGAAGAGGCAACUGAAGCUACAUUUUUUAGCGCACCUGAUGGAGGAUUGAAGACACUCUUGGUCCACAUCAAAGAAGGGAGGAGGGUGCUGAAGAUCUCACCUGGCAUUGCUACUGUCACUUGGUCUCACAAAAAAAAACCUCAUAAGGGCAGGGAGCCCCAGGAAGCAGGAACAGAAUCAGGCUGCCCAGCUCUCUGGCUGUCCCAUUGAGCAACCUUCCAGGAGACGAAGCUUCUUGAUCAGGGAUGGGCUCCCAAAUGCCUGUAGUCAACCACGGGUACCCUCUGGUGUCUGGAGUUUCACACCAAUAAGGAAGAGGAUGUUUUAACUAAUCCUCUCCUUUCCCUCCACCAGUUUGGAAUCAGUCUAGGUUCUUUAAAAGUCCCUGCUCUCCCACUGUCAGAGCUGCAAGUCAGGGGCCGUUUAGUUCGCUUCCGUGGCCUGAGCUCCAAUAGCUUCAGGACUGAGGAUGGAAUCAGCCCACAAGGAGUUCAGUAUGGUGCCCAUUGUGUAUCCCAUUACCUUUACCAGGGUAAAUGUCAGACUGCCAGUCUUUCCCUUAGGAAUUGAGGAUUGGUGGUAUCACUCUGAAGCCUUCCUGUCUUUUUUCUCCUGGAGGUCCCUCAGCUAAACAAGGAGGCAGGGUCCUAAGGAAGGGUGCUCCUUGCCCCCUGUCUUGGGUGUUCACACUCUGAACCCUUGCUGUAUGCCAGGGAUCUGGCAGACAUGGCCCCUACAGGGUUGAUGACAGGAGCUCUCCUUCCCAGCCUUAGUUUGGGAGCCAUGCUCCUGCCUCUGAGUUCUUCCUCGGAGAAUGAGACCAGCUUUUGCCAAAAUCUGUAAUUCUCAGAUGAUGCAGAUUACCAGGCACAGCAUCAAACCUGAAUCCAAAUCCAGGGCUCCUGCCCAGGAAUCUGCAUCUUCAAUCACUCCCACCUUGAUUUCUUUUUUGGAUGCAGGCAUUUUGUGGUCCAAAUAUUGAGAAACCUGGGGGAGGGGACUUGAGGGUCCCAGAAGCUGUAGGCUUGACCUCAGAAGGCCUGUGGGGGCCUCACUGUACAGCUGUCUGACCAGGUUUUUGGAGGCCAUACCCAGACCUGAGGCCACAGGCUCUGCCUGCUGCAUGGUAACUGUAUUCUCCGUUGGCUACAGGCAGUGAGGCCUGACUCAACACGCACCUCACCGUGGCCUCCGGGGACCAUGGCCUUGACCAGGCCAGCCAGGAAUCCCUGGCACUGGGAGGGCACAUUGAGGCAUCGUCCCACCGGUUGCUGGAUGGCGGGGACUGUCGACAGUGAAGAGUGCUGGGCACUAGCGAACGAUGAAGAGUGAGCCGCUGGAGUGGGAUCCCAGCUGGGGGACGUGUGAGAUAGCCAUCUUCCAGGCAAAGCCCUAUCAAAGAAGCUGUGCAAGGCCUACCUGCCCGUCGGUGAGGACAUGAACAAGUUUUGCAGCAGAGCCUGGAGCAGAGCUGACAAGGGGAUGCUCCCAGCGGCCCGGGCUGAGGGAAGGGGGUGCCUAAACCACCUCUAUGGGCCGAGACAGGCCUGAAGCUGGGAAACCACAAGACAAGAGCCGGCCCAGGCCCAGUUGGGGCUGUGCACGUCUCUGACAGCAGCAAACCCCAUUCAGCUUCUUUUGUAAAGGCCACUACAAGGAACCAGAUCAGGAAAAGUUGACUGGCCCUCCUCAACAUCUGGCUGAGCCACUGUCCAAGGCCAUGCACGGAGUCUGCAGGCAUCUAACCCACCCCACGUGUGCACAGGUACCAGGCAUCGUACGCUUGCUGCUCUUGGAGACACACAGCACAGCAGUACAUGACAUGGGAUGUUUUCGUUAGUGUCACAGCUAGCUCGCUCAGUGGCAGUCACCUUUAGGCUAAAGCAUCAGGAUUCCAGGGAAUACUCACGUUAGUUGAUGGAUGUUGGAAGGCAUUGGAGGAAAACACCAUAGUUAGGACAGUUAAUGACUUACACACGGUUGGUAAGACUGAUCUCGAACAUGCGCAAACAUUUAUCAUAGUAACCAUGGUGUUGGUUAGUGCCACAUUCAAAUAAAAAUAGUUCUAUACAUAUGUUCAUUUGGUCAUGUGCUAUUUACAGAUUUUUACAAAAACACAUACACACACACACACCCCCACAAACACACACACAAUCCCCCUUAUAUUCUCUACACCAGGCUAAAACAGGCCAGCAGAAACUUGCAAAAAGGUAUCAUGGGUGACAACAGGUGCCUAUGUAUUAAUUCCUACAGCUACCUUUGCAGCAGAACACAAUCCUCCUUCCCCUCGAGCACAGUAAAACUCAAGUUCUGAGCUAAGAACUUACUUAAGAGAAAAUUGGACACAUCUGUUUGAUAGUUCAAGCUAAGCCACUUAAAAGUUAAAAACAAGACAGUUAUUUUUCUGUCCAUUUAAAAUGUUUUAUUUUCCUUUUUAAACUAGAUUGUGAAGUGCCACUGAAAUAGGCAAUGUUGGCAAAACAAUGUCUGUUACAAUAAAAUACAUUAGACAUUUAAAUAAAUAACCUUAAAAACUAUGUGGGGGGACAUGAACCCAGUCGAUUGAAUCUGGAACAAUGUUUUCUGCACAAGCGAGAACAGGCAUACCUCUUGUUAAGACUGAUGUAAACAGAACCAUCGGAACCCUACAGGAGAAGCAGCCGAGCAGGGCCAGGAGUGGGGGUGGGAGUGAACGGGGGUCGGGGGGGUGAGGGGAGUGGCAAACCAAAAAAUACUGACUGAGGUAGCAGUACUCUGCUCAGUGCAGAAAAAUUGGCUUAUGAAUAAAAAUUAGACUGUGAUCUCAGAUUAAAUCCAGAUGAUCAUGCAAAAGACACAAUACAUGCUAUUUAGUUUUAGAAAAA